AUGUAUCAACAUCCACUACUGCUCAUGGCACCUCGACGUGAUAGUACAGAGACCGUCACCUCUUGUUCAAACAUGAAUAUGCAACCUUUUCGAUGUUGUGUGCCAACCGGCGAUUGUCUUAAAAAUAAUACAAUUGACUUCGGACUUGUAAGCAGCGAUCAAUUGUAUGAUGCCGUGAAAAUAAUUUGCACGAAUGAAAAUUGCAAUGCAGGGCAGUAUAUGCACGCUGAAUGCUUUGAACAGUGGGAACAGAGCGUGUUGAACUACCUCAAGUCAAUCGGACGUGCACGCUCUUGGUCAGAUAAACAACGUCAGCAAAACUUGUGGAACAAGAAAGGCUACGAUUUAGUUUAUAAAGUUUGCGGCUGCCGCUGCGGUCGUGGGCAUAUCAAAAAAGAUCUCGAUUGGUCGCCACAAAUCACUGCUAAUCUCUUUGGAGCUCGUUUAGAUGAUGAAGCAUCUAAGAAGCGAAAGAAAAAGAAUAAAAAUAAUCAGAAACCGGCUUUGUCGCUUACGACAUCGACACCAAACGGCACGAGCGCUUAUCAAUCGAAUCAAAUGCUUAAACUCUCGACAAGUAUCGUUGAUAAUGUUUGCAACAUUUUAGAUCAGCAGUUGUCAGUUACAACUCCUCCACAAUCUACAAUCCGAGGACGUGCUGGGAGUUUGACAUCUAGCAAUGGAUCAUCAUCUCCAGCGUCAUCCGCUAACGAUGAAAGCAACUUGUCAGUAUCACCGAUUCAAAACCAUCGCGCAAUCAUCAAGCAGCAAUAUCUGAAGCACGGCGAAAUGUAUUCCGAUCGUAUUCGGUAA